CCGCCCGCCCGCCCGCCCGGACAUCCUCGGCGGAGAACGGGCCGGCGCCGCGGCCGGACCUGGCGCUCCGCAGCCUCGCAGAUUCUCAGCCCUGGUUUUAAGAUGAUGGGAUUGGGAAAUGGGCGUCGCAGCAUGAAGUCUCCGCCCCUUAUCGUGGCUGCCCUGGUGGCCUGUGUCAUUGUGCUGGGUUUCAACUACUGGAUUGCAAGCUCCAGAAGCGUAGAACUCCAGUCACGCAUUGUGGAGCUGGAAGUCCGGGUCCGCAGGGCAGCCGCAGAGAGGGGUGCUGUGGAGCUGAAGAAGAAUGAGUUCCAGGGCGAGCUGGAGAGGCAGAGAGAGCAGCUUGACAGGAUCCAGUCUAGCCACAGCUUCCAGCUGGAGAAUGUCAACAGGAUGCACCAGGAUGAGAAGGCGGUUUUAGUGAGUAACAUCACCACAAGUGAAAAGCUCAUCAGAGACCUGCAAGACCAGUUGAAGGCUCUGCAAAGGAGUUACGGCAGGCUGCAACAGGACAUCUUCCAGUUCCAGAAGAACCAGACUAGCCUGGAGAAGAAGUUCUCCUAUGACCUGAGCCAGUGUGUCAACCAGAUGAAAGAGAUGAAGGAGCAGUGUGAGGAACGCAUAGAAGAAGUCACUGGGAAGAGAAGUGAAGCAGCUGUUUCCAGAGGUGUGGGUGAAAGAAACGACCAGCCUCAGCAGGCCCUCAAGCCUCAGCCCAGGCUUCAGGAAGUAGUCCCACCAAAGGAAGAGAUGCCACAAGGGAAAGGGGCUGUGCCUAGAAACAAGUCCCAGACACCAUCCCCCAGUUCAGAGGUGCGGGGUUUGAAACCACUCCAGCAGAAUGAGGAAACCAACGAAAUUCAGGUUGUCAAUGAGGAGCAUGGUCUGGGACCACCGAAGGCAUCAGUCCAAGAACAGGCCCCCAUGGAUGGCACACUUGGAGAAGCUGGGAAACCUCAUCAGAUCACACAAGUGCCAGCUGCCCUGUUGGCCAGGCAUGAGGAUUCUCAGUACCCUGAUCGGGACCAGCUAGUCAUCCGAGAUGAGCAGGAGAAGCAGCAUGCAGCUGAGGAAGGGAGAAACCAGGGAGAUGAAUACAACAUGGAUGAAAAUGAAGCAGAGUCUGAGAGAGACAAGCAGGCAGUCCUUGCAGGGAACGACAGAGAUAUAAAUGUUUUUAAUGUUGAAGAUCAGAAGAGAGAACCAAUAGAUUUAUCCAAUGGGAGUGAAAAACAGAAUCUCAUCCUAAAUCAAGGAGUCCAUAUUCCUCAACAGGCCUGACUGGAGAUCCUGCAAAGACUCACCAGUGACUGAGUACUCAACUGUGAAAUGAUUAUUGUGGGGUUUAAUCAGUACAUUUUAGCAAAGAAAAAUGGGACUGUCUCAGACAGUUUGGGGUUCCUUUGAAGUGUCUACAAAGGAUGUCAAAAUUGGUCAAGCUUUCUUAACAGGUUAGCUCUUGAGCAAGUCAGGCAACACCAAGAAAUGAGGUUGUCCUCUAUGAGGCAGCAGAACCUCAUCGCUCUGCAGUGUCUGUAGACAGAGCAGCCUGCAGGAGAGUAGCUGCGGCCCCGCCCUCCCCCCCCCCCCCCACCCCUGCUGCUGCCGCCAGUUUCUGUUCACUUGUGGAGAGCAGCUCAUCUCUUGGGCACACAUUUGAUUCCACCAUCAAUGGCCUAGGGCGACACCACUAGUCCGUUUCGACAAGUCUCAAUACAAACUAGUUCUGUGGAAAAGUAAAUAAAUUAAAAGCAGCCACUAAACCUGGAUAACUCUAGGACCCAGAAGGCUGAGGCAGGAAGACUGCUAUAGGUUCUGGGCCAGCCUGAGCU